UAAUAAGGAUAUAUUUGAUUAAAACGGAUAUCUUGGAUUUCGUAUUUUCUUUUGGGGAAAAGAAAAAGAAAAAAAGAAAUAAAGAGAGAGCUUCUCUCAUUCGAUCAAACCAAUAACCCAAGUGGGGUUCUGUUCAGUCUUUCAUUCAAUCAUUCCAAGGAGCCAUCGCCUCUCUCUCUCUCUUCCUCCUCCAUCACUCCACUCUGUUUUCCGUUGGACAUUGCCAGUUUCGCCUGGUAACCUCUUCUUCCCUUUUGUUUUUCUUGUCAUUCUUUUCUUUGCGUAUUCGAAUUUGCUAGGGUUAAUGGAAUCGGUUCGAAACGAUUCAGUUUCAAUCGUCGAUCAAAAUGUUUCGUCUGCUUCUUCCGUGGUCAAAAUGUGUGCCGGUAAAUCUCGUAGGGUUUGAUUAGGAAAUGCUGGAACUAAUCUCUCGCUCUAUCAGCUUCUUGCUUUGGGCUCUUCGGGUUCUUCGUAUCAUUCUUGUCUUUUUCUUACGGAUUUUAGGUAGUUGUGGGUUUUCAGCCUCCGACGGGUGGUCUACUUCUGAUUCGAACAGUGGGUUAGUUUUCCCCACUCUUCUGCAGAAGAUUUGCCUGUCGGUGAUAUGAGGAUUUCCUUUGAUUUCAGGGACUUGGCAAUUUCGUUAAUUUUGCCCGUUAGCUUGAUUUCUUGAGUAUUCCUUCCUAUUGUUGAAUUAAAUUCUAACUUUCUAAGUCAACCCUGUCAGGGAUCCAACGGUUAGGUGUGGAAUUCGAAGGAUUUAGUUUGAAAAUUUGAGACUUUUUCUUGUUUUCUUCUGUGAUCCUACUCCACAGUAGUAGUGAAGUGACUGAUAACAUCCGGCUAUCACAAUUUAGUAGUCAGAGUGAGUGAGGCAUCGGCCAUUGAUGUCAUGUGAUGAUUUCAUUUCUUGGUCACUCUUCUUAUGUCAAGUUCUUCAAACACGGAGACUGUUUGGCUCUGUGAAAUUGGGUUUGGGUAGUUAUAGGUAUCCAUCCGAGUCUGCAUUAGAGCAUAUCUUCUCUGUCUAUCUAGUAUAUGAAAGCUAGGCUGAGCACUGAUAUUGCAAUACAAGGUGACCAAGUGGUUAAUGCUGUUUUUGUCAGUUGUUGAGAGAACUGGGAUUCCACAGAUGGGUAGUCAAAGGCUUUCUUUUCUCUCUGUUUCCAAUUUCCCAGUCCAGUAUACUAUUUCUUGGUGCAUUUAUCAGUGCAGGGAAAAUAUGGAUCUUCCUCCUUGCUUGUGUUCUGUUGUUGUUGCUGCCGUUUCUCUUUCUCCUCUUUCCUGUUUGUUCUCUUGUAUUGUUUUUCUUGGAUUUAUUCUGCUGUAUUUUUUUUUUGUGCAUUUCAUAUUUUUCCUUAUAUUGGGAUACUUUCGUAAAGCAAUCACAUUUUUUGCUAACCUUGGAUUCUGAGCUUGACAACAGCUUUCUUCAAACUCAAGGUUUAAUUUUGUAAUUGCAGGUCAUUGCGUUGGUUGCUUGAUCAUUUCUUUUCUGGUUGCAAGGUGUUGGAUUGAAAUUGUUCUCGAGAAGUUCUUGCAAAUAAUUGACUAUGGCAACAAAUGAAAAUCUUCCACCCAAUGUGAUAAAGCAACUUGCCAAGGAAUUGAAGAGUCUCCAUGAAUCUCCACCAGAGGGCAUCAAAGUAGGAGUUAAUGAUGAUGAUUUUUCCAUCAUACAUGCUGACAUUGAAGGACCAGAUGGGACUCCAUAUGAAAAUGGAAUUUUCCGAAUGAAGUUGUUAUUGCCACAUGACUUCCCACAGCUACCUCCACAAGGUUUCUUCCUGACUAAGAUAUUCCACCCAAAUAUUUCAUCUGAUGGAAAAAUUUGUGUCAAUACACUGAAAAGGGACUGGAACCCGAGUCUUGGUCUACGACAUGUUCUUGUUGUCGUGAGGUGCUUAUUGAUUGAACCAUUUCCUGAAUCUGCCCUCAAUGAGCAGGCUGCCAAGAUGCUGCUUGAAAAUUACGAGGAUUAUUCCAAACAUGCCAGACUGAUCACGGGAAUUUACGCGAAGCCAAAACCCAAGCAGAAGUCUGGGCCCAUCUCGGAGUCAACGACGGCACUGAAUGUCGACCAGAGUAGUAACACCUCAGUUGCCACCAGUGGCGCUGUCGAUCUCAAGAACACGACAGUCCCUUCUGCCGUGCCAGUGCCACCUUGUUCGACCACUUCCUCGAAGGGUGGGCCAAACAGCACCGAUCUGGCAACAGCCGAGGCAGGUGGCAAUCUACCAGUUACGUGCUCCACUAAGCAGCAACCAGUGGUUGGAGGUGUGAACCGAAAGGAAGGAGUUGCAGCCCACCCCUCGAAGCCUCUGGCAGAGAAGAAGAAGAUGGAUGCGAGGAAGAAGAGCUUGAAGAGACUAUAAUAACAAUGCAGUUCAUGGUGCUGCGGGGGGGUUUCAUUUUCUGAACUAAUCUGCAGAAGAUGUUUGUUGUGCAUUAGUUGGAUAAGUCGAGUCUCCCGUCAGGCCGGGUCGAAGUGGAAGGAAGAAAUGGUGGAAGGGGUAAGACUAUGAUGUAAGAAAAACAAAACCUUACCCUUUUAAUCAAAAACUAAAUGUUUCACCUGCUUGCUGCUGCUAUCUGAAUGUGAAAGAUGAAUGUACCGAAUUCAUGAUGCCAUUGUCUGAGUUCUCUGCUUUUCAAAGUACUGAAAGUGGUACUCCCUAAUACAGAAAGGUUUCUUAG